UGCGCGCAUCUCCGUUCUGAUACGAGUGGGACUUUUUAUAAGCCUUCCUUUAGUCAUUUUUGUUGUCUUUAGUUAUUGGUGCGGGAGGGCUCAGCGUGUCCUAGUUAUCAAGCAAAUCGAGUGCAAUGUAUUCGCACAGGAAGACAUCGAUGAGCAUCGUUCUGAGUUUGGUGCUAAUAGCUUCUACGGAGGGGUUCUUCUUAAAAUGGGGUUCAGAUUCCGGAAGUCAGUCCUCUCAGAAGUCUUGGGUGCAACCGAUGUCGCCGUACAGAUAUCAAUACAUGUACCCGUAUGAGUCUAGAAAAAUAUACCAAGUACAACAACAACAGUACGCUCAACCCGAUAUGCAGAUGCAACAAAACAUGGCUCCGAUACCUAUCAGCGUGCCCGCCGGAGCAAGUCUCACGCCAGUUUCUCUCCAACACGUACAGCUCGUGCCCUGCAUGUGCCCAGUGGCGCCUGAAGAAGCGGACAAACUACAAGAGCAAGCUGGCUCCGGUCCGUACGUCGCGCAGACUUACUCGCAAGCUUAUUCCAUCCCACAGCAAAUGACGGUCGCAGACGCUCCGAAAACGACCAAUAAACAGUAACAUUAUACAAUAUCCCACCAAUGAUUCUGAUUCGUGUGUUUAUGUAAUAAUUUAUUUCAC